UUUUGCGUUGAUUUUCGAUCACGUGGUCGUCGUGAACGGAAGUGAGGCUGGCGGAAAGGUUGAUAGUUGGUAGCAGUUUCCGUUUGGCGAACGAGAAAGAGCAGCAGCGUCUUGACUCGUGCACACGAGCCAUUUUUUUUAACUUCCUUUCUAUCUUUUUUCUGCAUUAUCGAUGGACACGUCCGUCGGUUACCACGCUACCUCGGAGACGUCGGCGGCUGGGACGAUGGUUUCGACCAACCAGCCGAGAAAGACGAAGAUAUUCGUGGGUCGGUUGCCAGAAAAUUGUCGCAACGAUGAGUUGCGACAAUUGUUCUUGCGUUUUGGCGAAGUGACGGAAUGCGACGUCAUGAAUCGGUACGGUUUCGUCCACAUGGCACGGGAGGAGGAUGCAGCGGCGGCGAUCAAAGCGCUUCACAACUCCAACUUCAAAGGUGCGACGAUCAACGUGGAACAGUCUACCGGCAAGUCGCGCGGAGGCGGAGGAGGACGCCGUGACGGAGACAGAAGAGGUGGACCAAUGAGAGGUGGUAGGGGGGGACGAGACGGUGGUAGAGACGCUCGUCCUGGACCAUACAAUGAUAGAAGAGUUCUUCCGAUCCAACUCGUUGGUUACGAUGGAUCUGCUGCAGGUGGCGUCGCAACGGGGUACACUGAUUACAACCGAGGAGCCGGCGACUUUAGCGGCCGUGGAGCGGACUUCAGCACUGGCUACGCCGACCGUGGGGCAUAUGGCCAGAACGUGGGUGGCGCAGCCAUGGGUUACACCUCGACGGCACCCGGGAUGGGAGGCGGAUAUGGACCAGCGACCGGCGCCGUGGGAGGUUAUGGGCCGACUGGUGCAGCGGAUUACGGACGUACAGCUGACUAUGGUCGCGCAGACUUUGGCGCUAGAACAGACUAUGUAGUUGGUGGUGGCAUGGCCGGAGAUUUCAAUCGGGGUGCACCCGGCCCGGUAGAUUAUGGACGUACUGAUAAUUUUGGUGCCAGUCGCACAGUCGAUUACACAGCUCGGAAUGAUUAUGACCGAAGUGCGACUGGGCCGAUGAGAAACGGUGGUGGUGCAGUAGCCACUACUGGGUAUGGAACUGGGUACACUGAUGUGGGAUAUGAUGAAAGCCACUGGUCAUAUAUGAUAAAUGAACCUGGAAGAGAUAAGUUAGAGAGCUACUGUGGCCUACAAAAAAGGAAUCGUUCUACCGAUACUGAUAUACUUCCAUUUAACAGGCCAAUGAGUACUGGACCUAGCUACAGCACUGGGGCACCCAGUUACAGUACUGGUCCAGGACCACAAGCUGACAUGUUUAGUAGAAGACCUGGCAGUGCCGUCCCUAGUGGUGGCUAUCCACCGGUAGCUGGCGGUUAUGCCGAGGGAUAUGACAGACCAGAUGCAUAUGGUCCUCCACGUGGCGGUGGACGCUUCCCAGGUCCGGCAGACGCGAUGCCACCGAGGUACUAAAAAGCUUGUACUAAAAGCGAACGCUAGCGCAUGCGAAAGGCAACAUAAAAAACAAACAGACACAAAAAGAAAAAAAAACAAAAGACUUUUUAGUGCUGUCAUUCGCUUACGGAUUCGAUUACAUCUAGGAACUGCCCUCUGCGUCCGAUUCAUAGAGUCCGUAUUAAUAACAAUGAGAAUAUACAUAUACAUGUAUGACAUAUAUUGUUUAAUCGUAUUUCGUAAGAGAUAUGGUAAGAAAAUACGAGGUAUCAGUGGGGAAUAACAUAAAUAAUGAAUCGUUAAUUUGUACUCAUUCGUACUCUGUGUUGAGAGAUAUAUGCCCAUGGGUUUAACAAAAAUUUAUACAUAGAUUGUAAUUAAUGGUAUAAAUUCAUCGUAUCAGCCCAUCGUAUGUGUAUGUAUUAGAGAAGCAAUAAUUUUUCGGCAUUAUUACAAUUACUUCCAUGCAAUUUACGUUCGUGAGUUUGUUUGUUCCUUUUUUCUUCUCUUUUUUUUCUUUUUUAUUUCUUUUCAAUGACCAAGUAAAAAUCUAACGUUCUGAUUUUUCUUCAACGGUGGGUAUGUGGGUGUCCUCUUUAAUUUAAAAAUAAAUUUUAAAGCCCACGCUCUGUAAGAUAGAAGCUUUUGUUUUACGCUAUUAGCGUUAAUUCCAUUUGGACUUAGACUAUUACGAUAAUGCUGUAUAAUCCUAUUUUUUUUUACAUAUAAGAACUUUUCUGCAUAAGAGAAAAUGUUUUAAAUGUUCAUUAAUAAACCAGCAGAGAAACAUAUAUAACGGCAGUUGUCGAUGUAUCUUUACUUAGAGCAAAUAAAGCACAAGCGAGUGUCCUAAUCUUUGCAAGACUUCUAAUAA